GUCCUGUCCCAGCAGCCCUCCGGAAGAAGCUGAGGAUGUGUGCUGCGUGUUGCGGCCGCUAGAGGGCGAAAACGUCCCGUCCACGCUGUGAGUCCUCGGAAGUUGUGAGAGCGUGCUACCCAACACAACCAAAACAAUGAAAGCUAUCAUUCAGAGGGUCACCAAAGCGACUGUGACAGUGGGUGAGGAGCAGAUCAGUUCAAUAGGACGAGGACUGUGUGUGCUGCUGGGUAUAUCUGUGGAGGACACCCAGAGGGAUGCUGAUUACAUAGUACGUAAGAUCCUGAACCUGCGGAUGUUUGAAGACGAAAACGGGCGAGCAUGGAGCAAAAGCGUUAUGGACCGGGACUUUGAGGUGCUGUGUGUUAGCCAGUUCACCCUGCAGUGUAUACUGAAGGGCAACAAGCCAGACUUCCAUUCAGCCAUGCCUGCAGAGCUCGCCCAGUCCUUCUACAACAGCAUCCUGGAGAACAUGAGGAGUGCCUACAAGCCAGAGCAUAUCAAGGAUGGGAUGUUUGGAGCUUACAUGCAGGUCCAUAUACAAAAUGACGGACCUGUUACAAUUGAAUUGACUUCACCUGCUGGUCCCACAGACCCCAAACAGCUGUCAAAGCAGGAGAAGCAGCAGCAAAGGAAAGAGAAAACGCGCUCCAAGGGCCCCUCAGAGUCGGGCAGGGAGAAGGGCACCCUACGUUCCCGACAGGACCCAAAUGCCAGUAGUGGAGCAGAGGGUGACGUGUCAUCAGAGAGGGAGCCCUAGUUGUCCUACCGGGGACAUGACAGUGAGCCUAGUUUCCCUCAGGAAGGCCUUAAUCUUCAGUGACUUAGACCUGAUUGUGGACUGUCCUCCUUCCUGUUUGGAAAUCAGCAGGAUUUCUUUCGGCCUGUCGCAGAGAACAUCUUGCCCUUGCUUGUGUCCUUAGCCUCUCUUCAGAAUCAGAUAGGCCCGGCUGGGUGUAAACAAAGUAGCAAAGAUGAUCUGAGAGAUUGAACAAGGGUGUAUAGAACGGGAACAUAGGUGAUAUUGGAUAGAGCAGACAUCAGCAGCACUACAUUGUGUGGCCUAGUAGCUUUCUGUGCUCUCUUUGUGUUUUUCCCACUGCACUUCAGUCCAUGUUUCUACCUCCAUCUGUCUCAGUCUCUUUAUCUUUCUCUUCAGACUCUCCGCACCUGUCUCACUCUCAGCCUGCAGUUCCCACUUAAUCUCCGUUUAGGGACACGACACUGACCAUGAAGCAUAGCUCAACUCCAAGUCCUUCUGUAAAGUACAGUGAUAAUGUAACAGCCUUGCCAUAUUGGUUGCACCAGUGACACCUCAUGAUUGGCAAAGUCACAUGUGUAAGGUCUUUUUUUUUUUU